AUGGAUUCCCAUCUCUGUAAGUUAUGGUGGGGUGAAACCUUAGACCCAAAAGAUAGGAAACUUCAUCUGCUUGGUUGGGACAUUCUUUGCUCCCCCAAAGCAGAAGGAGGUUUGGGUUUUAGAAAGGCUGAUCUAAACAACCUAGCCAUGCUAUCUAGGAAUGCUUGGAGAAUUAUUGAAAAUCCUGAUUGCUUGUUAUCUACUGUUCUCAAGGCCAAGUAUUUCCCAAGAACUGAUUUCUUGAAUGCUAAGUGCACUGGAGAGUGCUCUUGGACCUGGAGGUGCUUGCAUGCCAUAAAAGAACUGAUUAAGCCUUUUAUUUCUUGGAUUAUGGGGGAUGAAAAAUUUCUUGAUCCUUGGUGUGAUAAAUGGAUCCCUUCUUUGGGUUCAGCUAUACCAAACUUCCUUGUACCACCUGACCCUAAUGUUAAAGUGUCUUAUUUUAUUAAUCCUCUUACUAGAAACUGGGAUGUUUCUAGACUAAAUACCCACUUUGACAAUGCUUCUAUUCAGAAUAUUGUUACCAUUACCUUAAUCCAGCUUUGCACUCCUGAUAGGAGGGCUUGGGAUCUUUCAAAGAAUGACAAAUUUACCUCUAAAUAUGCCUAUAUGGGACUCAGAGGCCUUAGGCCAUCUCCCUGUGUUCUGAUCCUCAUGAAUCCAUUAUGCAUGCUUUGGUCCUUUGUCCCUUUGCUAGCAGGCUCAAAGCCUGUUUGUUGCUAUCCUGUGGUCCAUCUGGACCAGCAGAAACAAUUUCAUUUUCAAAAUCUAUCUGAGAACCGUAUCACUGUCCUAGCCAGAGCUAGAGUUAUGCUCCUUAUUAGGAAACCUAGUAUCACUAUCUCCCCUAUGUUGUCUAUUGGUGUUUGUGAUAAAUGGAUGCCCCCCUCUCUUAGUUGGAUCAAAUGUAAUACUGAUGGUGCACUUAAUGUGAUCUCUGGAGCAAAUGGUGUAGAGUAUGUGAUGCGUGAUUUUGCAAAGAAAGCUACCUUUUGUGCCUCCUUAGUUUUCGAAGUUCACUUUGCCGAAGAAGCUGAAGCCAGAGCCAUCUGCGAAGUCCUGAAGAAAGCCUUGGAGCAACAGUUCACUCACAUCAUAGUUGAAAUUGAUGUGAAAUCUCUCAUUGACCAAUUUUCUGAUGGCAAGUUUGAUGGAGACUCUCGUACGGAUGCAAUCUUCAAAGACAUUCAAUUUUUCUCUUCUAAGUUAGUUGCUCGUGUUUUUAGUUUUCAACCGCGUAUUUGUAACUCUGUAUCUCAUGAGCUUGCUCUAUGGGCAAAGAAGAACAAUUCCUCUAUAUACUGGUCUGUUCCUCCUGUUUGGCUCAUCCCAACAAUUGAGGGGGAUCAUUAG